UCAGUCGCCAGGGGAGGGCACUGCGAGUUUGACAGGUUUAGAAGUGUGACGUAACUGGAAGACAAACAACAGGUUAACAGCUCAAUUUACUAACGAUGUGUAGGCAUCCCAACUCCGCCAGCCAAAUUUAAAUAACUUCAGGGGGCUUGUUGUCGGCGCACGUCAAGGUCUCCUUAUAACCUUCGUCUCAAUUCAAUUAGAGGGUUUCAAUUAGAUAAACAGCUCCAGUGCUCGUCACGGCAACAACGAGAUGUUAGUAGAUGAUCUGGUCUGGGCUUUGUUCAAGCGCCACUGGCGGGCUGUGUAUUGCGUUCCUGGGGCCGACCAUCCUGGACCUGAGGUGUCAGACCCAGUCCACUCUGCAGGAGAUCUUCUUCUUCGCCCAACAGGCGCCCUGGGAGGAAUCUUCAAGAAGAUGUCCUGCAUUUCUUCAUAGGGCUGGGUGCGUUGGUGAGUCCCCUCGUAGCAGACCCUUUCCUGUCUGAGGGGAGUUGUGUUCUGGGGGGACAUGACAGCCAACUCCUCCACUGACCCCCAUCACCUUCGCAGCUCCCUGGCAGGCAAAGGGACAACCCCACUGCACAAUGUAUCCCACCACUUCCACCUCCACACAGAGGGCAUCAUCAUCAUCACCACCAACAUCUCCUACUCAUUCUGGAUCAUGUCUUUUUAUUAAUCUGCCUGUACCUGUAGCAGUGUAUUUGUUGAUGUACCUUGAGCGGCUGUUUCCCUGCUCCAACCAAAGCCCUCGUCUGCUGGACAAGGAGAAAAACUCAGAGAAGAACGAACAGGACCACAACAUCCAGGGUAAGACACCUCACCCAACCCAAGGGUAAGUCUAACAAUACUCCCCUCACACCACCACAGGAUAAGACACCUCUCACCCAACCCAGGGGUAAGUCUAACAAUUCUCCCCUCACACCACCACAGGGUAAGACACCUCACACAUUCACCCAACCCAAUGUAAGACCCCCCCCCCCUAAAAUAUCCACAACAGCUGCCAGGGUAGAACCCCAUAGACACUACAGCCCCAACUCCAAAUGUCUCUCCAACUAAAACAUGGCUAGUGCUGGGCUGGCAUAAAAGCCUGAACACUGUAGCUGUCCAGGGAUGGGGUUGAAGAACCCUGAACUAAACAUGUAGUUCUGUACUGUAUAUCCAGGUCACUGUGGUUUGCUUGGCUGCUAUGGUGAAAUGAAGGAUCGCCCCGCCUCUUACUUCCUCCUCUACAUUCUGGGUGGAGCCGUGCUCUUCAUCACCGACGGCAUCAUUGUGAGACUGAACUUUGCCACACACACACACACACACGACUGCUCACUGUCAACCUGCUAAUUCCUGUUUGUUUAACCCAGGGUUCCUACACAGGAUUCAUUUACACCUACGCAGUGUCUCCUCCCCUCUCUCAGCCAGCCAUCUUGUGUGGCAAUCUGACCCAUGUGUUCUGGUCAUCUGUCACCGCGGGCAGACUGGCAUCUAUAUAUCUGUCAUACAGAUACACACAACAACGACUAAUCAAUGUCAGCCUGGUACAGACACACUUCUGUUUUUGUAAACUAGUAGUGUUUGAGUGUUGAAGUGAGAAGUGAAACGGCUUUAUAUGACGCGUCUGAGAAAGACAUUAUUGGAGAGAUUAUCAGAUAUUUGAGAUUGGUGUAUAUUUUAAAACAGUCAGGUGGUUACAUAGAGGUCUUCAUUGCACACUCGUACAACACACACACAUACAAUGUGAAGAGCACGGAACCCAGUUUGAAUUCAAAUAAAGUCAAACAAGCAUUUAGAGGUAGAUUACACAUGGUAAAUAUUCUGAUGUCCUCCUUACAACUGUAUUUAGAGAGAAGGGCAUGAACAUAUGAUAACCAAAAUAAAUAUCUGUACCUCUCUCCUGCUCUCCUGCCCUUCCCUCUAUUUCAAGUGGGGAUGAUAGUGGUGCAGUGUCUGCUGUUGAUCCUGUACUCCAGCCAUGUGUUUAUCUUCAUGGGGACGUGUGUGUUGGGCCUCUUCAUCAGCAGUGUGUUAACCUGCAUGGUGGCCCUCACAGAAGAUAUGGUCAACUAUAAAGGUUGUGUCACUACAGUCCUGGUGACCAGUGCUGGUACGGGAGAGAUGGUUCUGCAGCUUCUCACAGGACAGUUGAUCCACAGCAAAGGCAGUCAUAGUUUCCUGUUGGUUAGUAUGAUCUCAUCCUACAUCGGAUUCACUGUGUUCCUCAACCUACUCUACAUUCAACACCUACACAGGAGCUCCCAAGCAGCCAAAGGUGCUAGUAAGGAAAUCGCCAUGACAGAGAAGCCUUCAAGCUAGUGAUGGAGGCCGUGAGGAUGAAACAAGGGACAGAGAGAUGAAGACAGAUCAGAUCAAACACAAACUCAGAUGGUUGAUUCAGAUUUAGCUGACUUUAGAUACUUACAAUAGUCUAUCCACCCAGAAAUCAGCUGUUUGGAGUUAUUUUUGUAUGUUAGAACUGGGAAAUGUUAUACAGUAGCUGUCUGAAUGACUGUGGCAUUCAUAAACUAGGAGUUGGAGAGUAGAUGUUAAGUUUGCUUGUUUGUGUAUUGAUAAAGCAGUGCUUGUUCA